AAGAUGGCGGCGGAGCUGGUGGAGGCCAAAAUUGAUCCCUGAACUGAGUCCAAGGGAGGACUGCUUAGGCCUGUUCCCCCCAUUUCUGCUUUGAGGUGCCAGGGCUCUGUCCCUCCACCGGAACAUGGUGAUGAGCUUCCGAGUAUCGGACCUACAGAUGCUUCUGGGCUUUGUGGGCCGCAGCAAGAGUGGGUUGAAGCAUGAGCUGGUGACCAGGGCCUUGCAGCUGGUGCAGUUCGACUGCAGUCCUGAGCUCUUCAAGAAGAUCAAAGAGCUGUAUGAGACACGCUACGCCAAGAAAAACGUGGAUCCCAGCCCACAGGCGCCACGGCCCCUGGACCCCCUGGCUCUGCACUCCAUGCCCAGGACUCCCCUGUCAGGGCCCACCGUGGACUACCCUGUGUUGUACGGGAAGUACUUGAAUGGACUGGGACGCCUGCCCACCAAGGCCCUUAAGCCUGAAGUGCGCCUGGUGAAGUUGCCCUUCUUCAACAUGCUGGACGAGUUGCUGAAGCCCACCGAGCUGGUCCCACAGAGUGCAGAGAAGCUUCAGGAGAGCCCGUGCAUCUUUGCACUGACGCCGCGGCAGGUGGAGAUGAUCCGCAACUCCAGAGAGCUGCAGCCUGGAGUGAAAGCCGUGCAGGUGGUGCUGAGGAUCUGUUACUCUGACACCAGCUGCCCACAGGAGGAUCAGUACCCACCAAACAUCGCUGUCAAGGUUAACCACAGCUACUGCUCAGUGCCGGGCUACUACCCCUCCAACAAGCCUGGUGUGGAACCCAAGAGACCCUGUCGACCCAUCAACCUCACCCACCUCAUGUAUCUGUCCUCGGCCACCAACCGCAUCACUGUCACCUGGGGCAACUAUGGCAAGAGCUACUCCGUAGCCUUGUACCUGGUGCGGCAGCUGACCUCCUCAGACCUGCUGCAGAGGUUGAAGACGAUCGGUGUGAAGCAUCCAGAACUCUGCAAGGCACUGGUCAAAGAGAAGCUUCGCCUAGACCCCGACAGUGAGAUCGCCACUACUGGAGUGCGAGUGUCCCUUAUCUGCCCACUGGUGAAGAUGCGGCUGUCGGUCCCCUGCCGUGCAGAGACCUGUGCACACCUGCAGUGCUUCGAUGCCGUCUUCUACCUGCAGAUGAAUGAGAAGAAGCCUACGUGGAUGUGCCCUGUGUGUGACAAGCCCGCUGCCUACGACCAGCUGAUUAUAGACGGGCUGCUGUCGAAGAUCCUGAGUGAGUGCGAGGACGCAGACGAGAUCGAGUUCCUGGCCGAAGGCUCCUGGCGCCCAAUCCGUGCGGAGAAGGAGCCGAGCUGCAGCCCGCAGGGACCUAUCCUGGUACUUGGCACCUCGGACGCCAACGGGCUCCCGCAGGCCUCCAGCAGCCCCGGCGUGGGAGGCAGCAUGAGCAGCGCACUGGGCGGUGCGGGCAGCGGGGCAGGGGCGGCAGGUGGCCCAGAGAACGGGAAGCCUGGCGCCGACGUGGUGGACCUCACACUGGACAGCUCGUCUUCCUCAGAGGACGACGAUGACGAGGAUGACGAGGAUGACGAGGAUGACGAUGAGGGCCCCCGGCCGAAGCGCCGCUGCCCAUUCCAGAAGGGUCUUGUGCCCGCCUGCUGACGCGCCGGCCUCCCCUGCCCACCCCUCCCUGGCUCCCGUAUCUCUGGACUCUCCUCUUGGGGGGAUUAAAAAAAAAAAAACAAAAACAAAAAAAAAAAA